UUCAAUACAUUUACUGACUAUGUCUCUUCAAGUUAUUCUAGUUACAGGAAUUUUUCUUGUCACAAAAAUAUCUCAGGGACAAACCUGCACUGUUGGAUCAAUACGUCUUGUUGAUGGGAACAGUAGCCUUGAAGGACGUGUUGAGGUUUGCAGUGGUGGAUCAUGGGGUACUGUUUGUGAUGACUUGUGGGGCAUUAAUGAUGCAAGAGUUGUCUGUCGGCAGUUAGGCUAUACUGCAGGACAACAUUUUAAAAAUGCUUACUUUGGAGAAGGAACAGGGGCAAUUGUUAUGGAUAAUGUCCGAUGUACUGGGACUGAACAAUCUCUCACUGACUGCUCUCAUGAUACUACUCAUAAUUGUGUGCACAAUGAGGAUGCUGGUGUGAGAUGCAAUGCAACUAACAUAUCUAAUGGAACACUUACUCUAGUACGCAAUAAUGUAGCAUCAACAGCAUACUACUAUGGAAUAGUGAGAGUGUAUAUUGGAAGCUGGGGUAACAUAUGUGAUGAUGACUAUUAUGAUAAUAAUGCAGCUGAUGUCAUUUGUCAUCAGUUGGGAUACACUGGUGCUUCAAACUAUUCUAGAGCUGGACUGACAAACUAUGGAACUGAUAGUAAUAAAAUGAUAAUAAAUGAUGUUAACUGUUCCAAUAGCAACUAUUUAACAUUAUUACAAUGCUCUUUCUCCACAAUAAUUGAUAGUGAGUGUUCUGACUUUUAUGAUGCUACCGUCUACUGCUAUACUAGUAGAAUUUGGAAUAGCCCAUACACUGGUAUGAUACGUCUUCAAGGAGGAGCUUACUCUAAUCAAGGACGUGUGGAAGUAUAUUGUAAUGGACAGUGGGGAACAAUAUGUGAUGAUGGGUUCCAUCCAAUUGAUGCUAGAACUGUCUGCAGGCAAUUAGGAUACAGCAAUUAUUCCAGAUAUGACCAUUUGACUCUGCCUGGAAAUUCUAGUCAACCAAUAUGGUCUUCUAAUUUUUCAAGUAGCUUAUCGAGUACCUGCUUUAUUUCAGACAACUCUUGUCCCAGUUCCAGUAUUACAUCUUGCUCACAUUCAGAAGAUGUUACUGUGACUUGCUCAUAUUCUGAAUCAUCAACUGUUGAUGCUAUGGUAGGACACUGUGAGACUAAUGAUACAGGCAAUACAGGCCCUACAAGGAAUACAAGUAGCACUACAAACAGUACUAGUACAUCAAUUGCUGGUGCUAUUGGUGGUGUGUUUGGAGGAAUUACAGCAUUAGUUGUUCCAACAACAAUUAUUGUUGGUUUUGCUACUAAAGUCAUCAAGAAAAUAAAAUCAAAAAAGUCUGGAUCAAAAAAUGCAGGCCCAGCUGGGGGAAACGUUGCAAUGAAUAUAUUUGGACCUGGUGGUAUGCCAGCUAUCGGCAUUGAAGAUACAGCACCAGUUAUUGAAUCAAUAAAAACUUCAGCAACACCACAACAAAUAUCUUUCAAUGAACCCUCUCACACUACUGUUAACAUUUCUUAUGGUUCUCAGAAUCCAUUAGCUGUACCAGUAAUGCUAGAAACACCAUCUUAUGCUGUUUUAUCUGAAACACCUCAGCUUGAAAAGAAUUCAGUACUUUCACUAUCUCUUGAUGCCCAUUCUGAUGAUGAAAGGUCUAAGACUCCAAUAGACUCACAUGAAUAUGAAUCAGUUUCCAUUAAAAAUUCUCGUGAUGAAGAGUCAUCAAGUUCACCAACACCCAAUGAAGCAUCUCAACAACCAACAGAGAAAGAAGAACUAAUUACUUCUGAAAUAUCCAAAUUCCAAGAAAAUAACAUAAAAGAGUCAUCGCAAAGUUUAUCUGCUUCCAGUACAUCAAUAUCCUCUUCGCAUUGUUCGGCAUUGAUACAACAGUCAGAAAUUGCUCUUUGUAAUGAUGAUUCAUCUAUCCCUGAGCCUUCUUUUGAGCCACAAAUUGAUGAAAUACACACUGACACUGAACCUCAUUGCAAAUCGAGUCCUUCCACAUCAAUUCCUCCCAUUACUGAACCUGUACAGCCAUCACAGGAGAUUUCUCGACCUAAUCCUUAUCAAAAUUAUUCAGUUUAUCCACAUGCACAUAAUGCAGGCUAUCUUGUUAUUUUCACAGAAGGAAAUCCACCGUACACUACUGGUGCAGGGCUUUACCUUCCAUUGCCAUAGCCUGUCAACUCAUGAUAAAUAUUAUAGCUACUUUAAAACAUGUAAUAGUCUAAUUUAGUAUAGAUCUUUCUUCAUGCAUAAAUAGAAUUUAUCUACAGUCCUUCAGUGUUGUAAAUUUUGUAGAUCUAGGUUAGUUAUUUUUGUUUUGAUUUAUAAAG